UGGGAGUCCCGGUUGUCGCGGGCCUCCGCGCAGCCACCGGGGCACAGGCCGUGCGCAGCGAGAGGUCCCUGCAGACCCGUUGCCCCAACCUCAAGUCGGGAGCAGGGGACAGACUGGGGAUCGAGCCGGCUCGCAGCCUGUCGGGUCACUGCCUCUGCCCGGGGACCGCCACCUCCACCGCACCGCUGCCGGCUCGCCCCAGCCCCUCCUCCUCCGCUUCGCCCUGGCCGGGCCACUGUCCUGCCCGCGGUCGGGAAUGAAGCCCGGCGGCGGGGGCGGCGGCCCCGCGGCGAGCCCGGAGUCUGAAUCGGCAGCGGCCCCGGGGCCGCCGCUGCCCUGGGCCGGCCCGGCCGACGUGCGGCUCUGCGGCCACCUGCGGAAACAGAAGUCCCGGCGCCGCCGCUUCUUCGUGCUCCGCGCCGACCCGCCGCGCCUGGAGUGCUACGAGAGCGAGAAGAAGUUCCGCGGCGGCGGCGCGCGGCCCAAGCUCAGCGUGAGCCUGGCGGGCGCGUGCACCAUCAGCAAGCGCGUGGACGCGCGCCGGCGCCUGCUCAUCGUCCUCUACACGCGCGACCGCAGCCUGGGCGUGGCGGCGGCCAGCGAGGCGGAGCAGCAGGCGUGGUACAGCGCCCUGCUGGAGGUGCGCGCCGCCGCGGGUCCCAGCUCCCACGAGGACCCCGGGACCUGGCUCCUCGCUCCGUUCCAGGACGUCUGGCCCGUGACGCUGCGGCCCAAGGGCCUGGGGCGGGCGCGAGGCCUGGGCAGCGGCGGCUACCGCCUGUGCCUGGGCUCGGGGAUCCUGAGUCUGCUGCGGAAGCCCAGGCGCAGAGAUUCCGAGGACGCCCGGGCGUCGCCGCCGCCGGCCCUGCGCUUGUCGCUGCUCAGCGUGCGCCGCUGCGGCCACGCGGACUCUUUCUUCUUCCUGGAGCUCGGCCGCUCCGCGCCCACGGGGCCCGGGGAGUUGUGGCUACAGGCGCCCGACGCCGUGGUGGCCCAGAGCAUACACGAAACCGUCCUGGCCGCCAUGAAGCGACUGGGGGACGGUGCCAGCGGUGGCAGGGCCGAGCCCAGGGAUCCUCCCACGGGCGCCUCCAGGCCGUCGGUCCUCCCACCUUACGAGACCCUGAUGGCGGCCGGGUCUAGCGGCCUGCCGCGCGGAGAGUGCCCGGGUGAAAGGAGUAAGCAAGCAACGCCGCGGCCCGCGUCGACCCUGGAUGCCGCAGCCCCCUACCCCGAGGAGUUAGAGCAGGGCCGGGGCUACAUAAGCAUGGGAGCCAGGAGUGACUACGAGCCCAUGGGGGGCGGCGAAGCGGGAGGCUACAUGGUGAUGGCGCCCCCAGGCCUCGGACUGGCGCCCCCCGACGCUCCCCAUCAGCCACUCCAGGAGGGGGGAGGCACCGAGUACGUGCCCAUGAGCCGCUUCCCGCCAGGGUCCUUUUCCUCGAGCUCCCAGCCGCGUUCCUACAAGCCCGGCGGCAUUGGGAGCAACUGGGGGCCCGCGGGGACUCAGCCCUGCCGGCAACUGCCCUCCGAGCUGGCGGGGGAGUACGUGUGUAUCGAGUAUACAGCCCCGAACUACGUAGGAACCGGCGCUGCUAAACUGGCGCCCCCCGACGGCCGCCUCAACUACAUCGACCUGGAGCUGGUGCCGCCUCUGGAGGUGCGAGGAGACGCCCCCGGGAGCAGCAUGCUCAGCUAUGCGCGCAUAGAAUUCCAGAAGCUCCGGGAGGCGCGGAACUCAUGCAGCAUCAGUGCAGAGUCUCCAGUGCACCUUAGUCCCCAGCCCUGCCCUCAUUGAUGCCAUGGACCUCUCCCUCCCCACCCAUACCCCAAGUGCCUGCUGACCAAAGUAACUUCACACCAACGCUGAUCUCCUGGGAUUCCAGUGCAAGAAGAAUGAAAGCACCAGUCUUACUACUAGUGUGUCUCCAAAAGCGCUGUGCCACCCCCCCUACUCCAUAGUCUGCCUCUCCUGCUGCCAGUUACAAACUCACACACUCCUUCCUUCUCCCUGGCUGACACAACUGAUGGCUUACUUCCUAUAUAACUGGGGGUGGGGAGAAGCGUACUGUGGAUUUCCCCUUCCCCCAAUUAAAAGGUGAGUUGCUUAA